ACCCCUAACUUAAGUUGGAAGCCACGACUACUGCUCUGUUUUGCCUUGUAAAAACAUGGCGUCAAUGAUGCUUACCGAUUUCUCCUCCUCCACAAUGUGGCGGAGUCUCAUCCAUUUGAACGGCCGCAAUGGUACUUUCCUCCCUCACCCGUGUGUCGGCAAACUCAGCUUACCGACAACUGCGUCUGGCCGUGGCUGCACUCUCUCCAUUCGCUCCUCUUCUUCUCCAUCCGCGAUUGUAAUUGAUGGAAAGGCUGAGGCGAAAAAGAUUAGAGAUGAGAUCAAAACCGAAGUUUCAAGAAUGAAGGAAUCGAUCGGUGUGGUUCCUGGUUUAGCAGUAAUCCUUGUUGGGGAGAAUGAGGAAUCGGCAACUUACGUGAGGAACAAGAAGAAAGCUUGUGACUCCGUUGGAAUUCAAUCAUUUGAACUUCUUUUACCUGAAUACUCAUCAGAAGAGGAGGUUUUAAAAUCUGUCUCAGGCUUCAACAAUGAUCCUUGUGUCCAUGGAAUCCUUGUUCAGUUGCCUCUACCAUUGCAUAUGGAUGAACAGAACAUAUUGAAUGCGGUUAGUAUAGAGAAAGACGUGGACGGAUUUCACCCGCUAAAUAUUGGACGACUUGCCAUGCGUGGAAGAGAACCCUUAUUUGUGCCGUGUACUCCCAAAGGAUGCAUUGAGUUAUUGCAUAGAUACAACAUUGGAAUCAAAGGGAAAAGAGCGGUUGUUAUUGGGAGGAGUAACAUUGUUGGUAUGCCAGCUGCUCUGUUACUGCAGAGGGAGGAUGCAACUGUUAGCAUUAUCCAUUCAAGAACAAAUAACCCUGAAGAAAUCACAAGGCAAGCUGAUAUCCUAAUCUCAGCUGUUGGGAAGCCAAACAUGGUCAGAGGAAGCUGGAUAAAACCAGGUGCAGUCAUCAUCGAUGUUGGGAUCAAACGUGUUGAGGAUCCAAGUGCUCCCCGUGGCUAUCGAUUAGUUGGAGACGUUUGCUAUGAGGAGGCUUGCAGAGUUGCAUCAGCCAUCACGCCUGUUCCUGGUGGUGUUGGACCAAUGACCAUAGCCAUGCUUCUAUCUAACACUUUAACAUCAGCUAAGAGAAUUCACAACUUCUUCUAG